AUGUCUGUCAUUGAUACCCUCGAUACCUUCGAUAAAUUAGAAUUCAAUGAUAUACGUGCUUUCGCGGCCGCAUCAGCAUUAAUUGCAAAAUCGAUCCAAGAGUACAACGAUGAUCCAGCGGGAAAUGUCGAUGCUUUAAAAUUAUUAUUCCAAAAUGAAUCAGCAGAUAUCACGCAAAAACAAAAAGAUAUCGAACGUGAAUGGCUUGAGAACAACAAUGAAAUCAUAUCAUUUUCAACAAUCUUAGAUGCUUGUUUGGGUUCUUCAUCAUCCGAUCGUCCUACAUUGAUUGAUCAACCGCUUUAUCUUCCCUUUCGCGAUGAUCAACCAAUGGAAUACGAACCUAUCCAAUGGCAACCGGAUCCACCAGCUUCGACAACACGUUUUGUUGUACAACCUGCAUCACCGAGUCGAGUAUUACAACCUCGAAAUGAACCCAAUAUAGAUCAAACGACGAACAACAAUGCAAAUACGAUUCUUCUCGAUGAUAACGAUGAUCAAAACUAUGUCGAUGCCAAUGGUGACGAAGAAAAUGAAGCGCCGAAAAUAAAGAAAAAGGCGAAGAAGAAGAAACAACAAGCAAAAGUGAUCGAAACGAGUGACGAUACAUCGCUACAACUAAAUACUUCAUCCAACCGAACAUCAACAACUGGUCAAAAACUACCUCAAAAGCUAUCAUCGAAAUGGUCUGCUGGCAAACGUAUAUCUGGAUUUGGUGCUGGUAAAACAAGUGCAAUUCGCAAAUUCGCUCGUCCAUCAAAUGAUCGUCAACAGCGUCCUGACUCUCGUACAUUAUUUCGUAAUAAACCAUCGGUAACUGGUAACACCUCUCGUCUCAGUCAAGAACAACGAGAACAAUUAGCCCGAGCAGUCGAAGAACGUAAACAAGAAGAACGUAAACGCAAAGUCGAAAAACUACACGAACAAGCCAAGAAACGUGAAGAAGUUCUCAGUCGUGCUAAACAGAUCCAACAAGAUAAAGACCAAAAGAAUCAACUACGCGUAUCGGACAACCAAGCGAAAACAGCGGCUUCAGGAAAUAAGAAAGUUCCUGGCGCCAAUUUUAACACGUCAACAACGUUCAAUAACUCAAUGAAUGAUUCAACAAACCUUCCGAAAGCAACUUAUCAACAACAAACUGGCCAGCAAUACAAACCUGUUGUACUCGAUACAACAAGUAAUAAAAUUCUCAAUCAAAAUAAAGUGUUCAAACAACCGAUGAAUGCCGGUUUGAAAAAGCCAACAACAUUAGCAAAUGCUGAAUAUACAUUUGUCGUUGAUAAAAACAAUACACAACGAAAUGAUAUAACAUUACCAUCAAGUUCUUUACUACAACCAAGUGCACAACAUAAAGCAGACUGGACAAUCUUGCCAACUCCAGGACAUCCUCAUGAUGAACUGGAACUUGAUUCGACAAUGACUGAUACAACUCAUAAUUCAACAGAUGGAGAUUAUGGUAUCGAAGAUGUUCGUUCGGAUCAAGAUUCCGACAAUGAAGAUGAAGAUGAAAGUCGCAUACCUGGUUGGGCAAAAGAACGUUUGUUUCAAACAUUUUGGAAAACACAAGGUCAUUGGUAUUUAUCACGUCGAACGUUGAAAUUAACCCGUCGUACAUUAGGACAUUAUCCCAUCAUCAAAGACGAACUUCAAACUUGGCUCAAAGAACUUAAAUCAAGCAAACCAUUAUCAGAAACGUUUACCGAUGCUACUUAUCUCGACCAAACACAAGCACAUUUCUUUUGA